CAGCCGCACCGCAUUUCUCAGUAUGGAGGUCCAGCACGAUGUUCGUGAAGAACCGACAAUUUCAAUGCUAGUCGGUGUGUGGAGAAUUGAAGAAAUAAUCAAAGAGGUCGAGCUAUCAAGCGAGAAGGCUGUUGAUGAAAUGAAGGAGUCGAUACUAUCACUAGUGACGAGUCUCAAGGAGAGAGAACGCCAUCUCGCUCUUCUUAUCGAUAAACGUAGAAUGAGAAUGGGUAGCAUUCUACGACAAAUGAAGGAAGAGCUACAGAGAGGAGACGAAUUGUUGAAAGAAAUUAGUUUAGUUGAUGAAACGUGUACGGAUGUAGAGGAAGAGGAGGAAGCUAACGUGAAGGAACUGGGAAGUUUGGCAGGUUUGAUGAUACUAGAUAUAGAAAGAAUGAGGGAAAUAAACAGAAUGUCAGUGGAAGCAGAAAUAGAAGUGAGCAAUGUGCUUGAGGCUAUUAGGAGUGGAGUGAGUGAGCUGACAGAUGAUUACCCGUUUAAGGCGGAGCCAUCUUCUCUCACCUCCUUUCGGGCAUGUCUUGGUAACAUAAUGGAAAGGAGACAAGUAAGUAAGGAAAUGAAGAUACAGAAACAUGUGGAGAAGAAGAGGGAUGUCGAGAGUACAGUUGGUGAGAACAGAAGUUGUGAUGAUGACAAGAAAUGUGAGGGGAGUGACAUCUCACAGUGGCUUCUCACUACCAAGGAAGAAGAAUCAACGCAGUCAAUAAUUCAUUGUGAGGAUGCUAGUCAUAGCCAACCAAGUAACAAGAAGGAAGAGGAUAAUAACAUGUCACAAUGGCUGUAUCGACCAGAGUUGUGUGAAAGCUCGAAUUCUGUCAUGCAGACUGGUAUGCCUGCAGAUAAUCUUGCAUUAGCUCAAGGGUACAUGGAAACACGGAAACAAGACGAGAUGUGUACAGGCUUAGAAAACUUACAUGUUGAAGAAACUAGGGACAGUUGGAAGGAUUAUGAAGAGGCAGACAUCACAAAAUGGCUGCUAAGGCCAAAACUGGAUGAUUACACUGGUUCGACUGCAUUUCUGAAUGACAGUGUUACUCAGACAAGCAACUGGAUGCAAGAUAAUAACAACAUGUCACAAUGGUUGUACGUGCAUAGACCAGCACCAGCCGACUCAAAAGAGGAAUCACCAGCACGAUUACGAACAGUUUCAUUCGAAUCUGGAAGCAGUCAUAAUCCUAACAUGGACUGGAAGAUACUUCAAUGCAAUGAUCAGUCACAAUGGCUGAGAGAAAGUGGGACAUUUCAAGGAACUUCAUCUCCUGCAAUCAGCGUUCGCAUGGCAUUAGAAACACAUAUGGCUACACCCAAAGAGAUGUGGCUUAGACCAGCGUUGUGUGAAAGCUCUUAUUCUGUCAUACAGACUGGUAUGACUGCAGAUAAUGUUGCAUCAGCUCAAGGGUACAUGGAAACACGGAAACAAGACGAGAUGUGUACAGGCUUAGAAAACUUACAUGUUGAAGAAACUAGGGACAGUUGGAAGGAAUAUGAAGAGGCAGACAUCACAAAAUGGCUGCUAAGGCCAAAACUGGAUGAUUACACUGGUUCGACUGCAUUUCUGAAUGCCAAUGUUACUCAGACAAGCAACUGGAUGCAAGAUAAUAACAACAUGUCACAAUGGUUAUACGUGCAUAGACCAGCACCAGCCGACUCAAAAGAGGAAUCACCAGCACGAUUACGAACAGUUUCAUUCGAAUCUGGAAGCAGUCAUAAUCCUAACAUGGACUGGAAGAUACUUCAAUGCAAUGAUCAGUCACAAUGGCUGAGAGAAAGUGGGACAUUUCAAGGAACUUCAUCUCCUGCAACCAGCGUUCGCAUGGCAUUAGAAACACACAAGGCUACACCCAAAGAGAUGUGGCUUAGGCAAAAGACAUCGGGUGAUAACGUAGUAGUUGAUAUGAAUUCAUGUGUGAGACACACUGAUGAGGCAGAGCAAUUAACACGUUUGGAAGAUGUGAGAAGCAAUGAUAAGAAGGAAGAUUAUGAGAAGUGGCUUAUUCAAGGUUCAAAAUCCUACCUCAACACUGCAAAUCAGGAUUACAAGAAAUGGCUGGCUACUGAUUCAGGACGAAAUGAAAGUCUGUUUUUUCCUUGCAAUAGGCAGUACAAUCGCAAAGCAUUCCGAAAGUUAAUGAAACAUUUAUGUCAAACUUCUGUUCCUCGAUUUGAUUCCGUUCAUCUUUGUGGUCAUAAACAGUCAUCUGUCAAAGCUGAGGUUACAACUAAACACGAGUUGGCACUAAGUGCACAUGCUGAUGAAGAUGAUAUCACUAAGUGGUUAUUACCAAACAGCAGAGGCUUAGAAAGUGUUAAUGGCAACAAGUCUGUGUGCUCUGGUCUUGACUUCCAGGAAUCUUCUGCUGCUUUGCAUUUGGAAGAAGCCAGCAAACCAGUGACCAGUUUGUCUGAUUCUAUUUCAAGCAACUGUAACAACCAGACUUACAAGGUCAAACAGGCUUGCUGCGACGAUGUAGAGUGUGACGAGUUUGAAGUAAUUGAUGCAGAAAACGGGGAAGAAGCAACAGAGUUUGACUAACAACAUUGGCCACGUUGAUCAAAGAAACAAGAAACGCCAAAGGGUACGUUUUACACCAAAUUAUCGUUGAUCAAGAAUUCCAUACAGGAUCUCAUAGAAGAACUAUGGACCUAUGGUAACUUGUUCUCUUCUGUAUGUAAGGAUAGUUUGUCAUGUUGUUGUGAUCAACUAGGUGUUGAUGUUUAGUGUAUGCACAUGCAUGAUGUUGUACUCGUUUUGAUGUAGUUAUAUUUCGUUGUAAUCAGUGCUGUGAAGCGCAGAAUAGUCA